AUGUCGUCUAGUGAUGACAAUGAUAUUGUGUCAGCACGUAGCAUAGUCGUUGCAUUAAAAAGUUUGAAUAAGCAAAACACGGGUAAGAGUUUUCUUUUAUAUUAUGAUGAUGUUUGUUUUUCCACCAGAGGAGUCUACUGUGCUCUUGCUGUUGCUAGGUUAACAAAUAUUUUCACCCCAGACUUGUUUGAUGGAACAGCAGAAUGGGUAGUAAGAUGUCAGACUUAUGAAGGUGGUUUUGGUGGGGUGCCUGGUAUGGAAGCUCAUGGUGGCUACACAUUCUGUGGUUUUGCAAGUCUUGUACUUCUAGGACGAGAGAAACUGUGUGACGUUCACAAAUUACUGGUAGGUGAGGUUUUGAUUUGGUUGUAUUUUAUUUGUUCAGAUAAUCUCACGACCAGUAUGGAGCACUGGUUGUUUAACCAAACUGCUUUACAAGAAUAUUUGUUGAUUUGCUGUCAGAACACAUCUGGAGGCUUGAUUGACAAACCAGGAAAACCUAGAGACUUCUACCACACCUGUUACACUCUGAGUGGUUUAUCUAUAGCCCAACAUUUUGCUGGAGGUCGUAUUGGUUCCGUUUGUGUCGUUGGAGACAGAAACAAUGAAUUGGUUCCUACUCACCCAGUUUACAACGUUACAGUUGAAGUAGCCAUUAAUGCCUGUGAGUACUUUAGCCAAUUUACUGUACCAACAACGCAACAUUAAAGGAUGUGGUGAUUUUCCUGCCAACUUAUUUACGUCUCGUGUAGUUCACUUUUGUAUUCACAUUUUCUUUAAUAAGAAUUAGGAAACAUUGUAUAAUUUCUGGCUAAAUUUACACAACAUUGUCAUGAAAUAAAAAGGAAUGCACUGAU